CAAGGGGAAGUGUGAGAAGUCUGUUCAAGUCCACGCAGAAGGACGGAGCGUGCUUUUGGCUGGUUGGUGACUUUGUCGAUCGUUUUUGUGGAUAUUAUUUGGAGUAUGCCGUCUGGAAGCUCAACAUCAUCACGUCCAUUGAGGAUCAUCUAAGAGGAGCACUUCAUCUGCAUGAUGGGCGGCAGCAAGGCCAUGUGGGUGCUGCUGGGGGCGGUGGCGGUCAUCACCUUGAUAACCGUGACGGCGGUUUAUUUUAGCAAAUCCACCGGCGCCAAAAGGCCUUUCACCCUUGAAGAUUACUUCAAUGACAGCAUUAGAUGGAGAUCCUACAACCUCUAUUGGAUAUCAGGCUUUUGUUGUUUUGCAUGCGCAGAUCAGGAGUAUCUGCACAAAACCAGAGACGGGAGCAUCUUCCUCCACAACGUGGAAACAAACGAGGAGUCGCUAUACUUGAGCAAUUCCACUUUUGAGCAGGUGGAUGCCACAGAUUACCUGCUGUCGGGGGAUUACAAAUACGUGGCUUUUGAAAGCAAUUACACAAAGCAGUGGAGACACUCCUACACCGCUUCUUACUCCAUCUAUGACAGAGGCAACAUGACGUUCAUCACCAAUGGGAGUCUUCCUGCUGAGGUGCAGUACUUCACCUGGGCCCCAGAGGGAAACAAAUAUGCUUACGUGUCCCGCUUCAACAUCUUCCUCAAAGCCGACGUCACUGCUGAAGCUGUGCAGGUCACCCACAACGGCAAAAAGAAUGAGAUCCUAAACGGAGUCCCUGACUGGGUUUAUGAGGAGGAGGUGUUUGCAUCCAAUGGGGCGUUGUGGUGGUCUUCAACUGGAAGGUACUUGGCGUACGCUGAGUUUAAUGACACAGAAGUUACCAGAGUGGAGUUUCCCUGGUACGGAGCGCAGCAGUAUUCUGAAACAGUGACCAUUCCGUAUCCAAAGGCAGGGUCAAACCUGACCAAGGUCAAACUAUUUGUGGUGGAUACCACAAAUCCAUCACACCGCAUGCGAGUCCUCCCCCCUGCUUCCGUCGCAUCUGGUGAUCACAUUUUGUGCUCGGUGACCUUCGUCACAGACCAACGCCUCGCAGCGCAGUGGCUCACCAGGAAGCAGAAUUACGCGCUGGUGCAGAUUUACGACUUUGACGGAAUCAGCUGGCGAGAAAAACAGAAAUAUGAGCAAACAAGCCAGACAGGCUGGAUCGGCCAUUACGUGCCUUUACCGCUUUUCUUUGCUGAAGAUAAAAUCAGCUUCUACAAGGUGAUGAGCGACACCAGUGGUUACAAACACAUUCAUCACGUAAAAGAUGGCAUUGCAACCGCCGUUACUGCCGGGAAAUGGGAAGUCAUCUACAUAUCCAAAGUGACAAAAGAUGCCAUAUACUUUGUGAGUAACGAGUAUGAAGGCGUGCCUGUGAAGAGAAAUCUUUACACGUUGCCUCUAGGAAGCGGAGCGUCCAGCCGUCGGUGCCUCACCUGCCACUUUGAGGAGGACAGGUGUCAGUACAACUCAGCCUACUUCAGCAUCAACGCCUCCUACUACCGCUUGGACUGCUACGGACCAGGUCUGCCCCUCUACGCGCUCAUGGACAACCGAGGCCCAGGUGCAAAGAUGUCCACUCUGGAAGACAACAAGGAACUGGAGAACAUUCUCAAGGAAUUUCAGAUGCCAACAAUGAAGUACGGCACGUUAAAGCUUGCAGGAUUUGAUCUUUGGUAUCAGAUGAUGUUACCGCCUCAUUUCAAGUCAUCCAAACAAUAUCCUCUUCUCAUUGACGUGUACGCCGGGCCGGCCAGUCAGAGCGUGGACUAUCGUUUCAAGUUAAACUGGGCCACCUUCCUGUCCAGCGCGUACGGCAUCGUGGUGGCCAGCUUUGACGGAAGAGGAAGCGGCUACCAAGGCGACCAGAUACUUCACGCCAUCUAUUGGCGCCUCGGGACGUUUGAGGUGGAGGAUCAGAUAGCGGCUGUCAGGAAAUUCAUCGAUUUGGGUUUUAUCGACAAAGACAGGAUAGCCAUAUGGGGUUGGUCCUACGGUGGGUACGUAACCUCUAUGGCCCUGGGCGCCGGAAGUGGACUUUUCAAAUGUGGAAUAGCAGUUGCUCCAGUAGCCAAGUGGGAAUAUUACGAUGCUGUGUACACCGAGCGCUACAUGGGCACACCUACUGAAAAUUCCGACUCGUAUAAGAAUUCCACGGUAACGGCCAGAGCAAAGAACUUCAAGGGCGUCGAUUACCUGCUGGUCCACGGCACAGCAGACGACAACGUCCACUUCCAGCAGGCAGCACAGAUCUCCAAAGCUCUGGUGGAGGAGCAGGUGGACUUCCAGGCUAUGUGGUACACCGACAAGGACCAUUCUCUCAGAGGCUCCGCCUACCACCAUACGUACACCCUGAUGAGUCACUUCCUCCACAAAUGCCUCAUUUCUUCCUAAUAGAUCUACAACGUCUACUCGUGUCUACGCUACAUUAUGUUUAUGGAUGGUUUUUUUACAUUGUAAAAUUAGCAUUGCUGUUUUUAAAUGAACUCUUUUUAAAUAAAGACAAUUAAAAUCAAUAAAACGUCAUGAAAACCCCAUCAAGCGCGCAAAAAACCUUACCAGCCACCUGAAACGUUGGAAACGUGCAAGAAGGUUUGCCAGAGACCUCCAUGGCCUGACACUGGCUGCUCGGAGUGUGUGUGUGAAUACAGUGCACCUUGCUGGGCCACAGCAGGCGGCUCCUCCCCCUCUACACUCUGGUUCUUAUUUUACAAGAAUAAAGUCCUAAUUUUAAGAGAAUAAAGUUCUAGUAUUAGGAAAAACAUGAUUAGAGUAUUCUUCCUUAUUAUUAGUCUCAUAAUAUGACCACUUUAGAAAAUAUUUAUGAAUAUUUCAAAUGUAUGCUUCUAAAAAUGACAUGUUUUUGCUGAUAAAAUGAUGGCUCUUCCUCCAUAAUAUUUAGACUUUAUUCUUCAUUUUUUCCCAUUUGAGCUGAUUUUUCUUGUGAUGUCAUGACUUCAUUCCCAUAAUAUUUGGACUUUAUCCUCAUAAUAUUACAACUUUUUUCCCCAUACUAAUUUUCCAAAGUGUGCAAC